UGCUUUUCUCGAUGCUUCAUGCUGUUUGCGCCUCUAUUUUGCCCCUCGAAGUUUCCUUUACAAGCGACAGCGUGGGUGGCCAUUUUGAGGCGGUGUUCUGAACGAAAACCCAAAGCAACAUCACUUUGAGUCACAGCGACAGCUAGAACCAACAAACCACAACAGGCAGCUCCCGGCAGCUUGGGAGUAUUUUGAUUCAAACGAGGAGGGGUAUCCUAGCUAGCAUCAUUGGUUAGGUUAAGAGAGUGAAUAACAAGGAAAGAAAGACAACCGAGAAAGAUGGACCAGUCAAAAGAGUCCAAACGCAGCCUGUCUCCUACUAUGGCCGGUGCUAAACCAGGGACAAUCGUUCGCACUGGCUCCAAGGGAGGCGGUAGCUCGACUAAGAAGAAGAAGAAAAGCAGCCGUCGGCGCAAGGACAACGAGAUCUACAAGGCCACGGAUACUAGUGUGAACGGUCUGAGGCAAUUGAGAUCUAUUGUGUUUCAAAAGGACAGCAAAAUUAUCAAGACACCCCAUGAGAAACAGAAGCUUCCUGCCGCUGACGGUCAAUUUGAUAAUGCUCCAGAAGUGGCUGACCUCGCACAGCUUCGCCAAUAUCAUUCCACCACGGCAGCAAACGCCAUGGCACAUCCUCCCUUUGGGUUCUUCUCGCUACAUCCCAGUACCCUGUCGUUGCAUCCACGUUCGGCGGUUCAUUUAUUCUACCCCACAACGCCUCUGCUAGUGAAUUCCGGUCCCAAUCAAAACCAGAAUGGUUCCAGCAGCAACAGCAACACUACCAACAACAACAACAACAACCAAAGGUUGGGCAUGGGAUUGGGCCAAACUGGAUUUUCGGCAGCAGCAGCAGCAGGUCUUACCCCAACGGCUGCCGCGGCAGCUGCUGCCAUGUCCCCCUUUCAUAAUCCUCGAUUGGUUCAGCAGCAGAAACUCUCGGGGUUAAGCCCAGCAACGACUCCACAUGCUUUGGCUCAGCAUCACCCUGGUAUGCCGGGAUUGUCUACCCAACAACUCCAAUCUGCUGCAGCUGCUGCUGCCGCCGCCGGUGGUCAGCCUACAUUUAUGGAGUAUGCAGCUGCCAUGAAACGUCAGCAACUUCAAUUGGAAAAAUAUAGGCAAGAAGAAGCCCACAAACUCCAGCAAGAAGUGGCAUUGAAGGAGGAGCAUUUGAAAGCUUUGUCUGAAAAACAACAAGCCGCCAUGCGCCAACAACUGAAUGCGGGGGCCUUAACUCCAGCGGCCAUGAUGGCGAGACAAGCACAACAGACACGAGGUCCUGGUGCUACUGCUCAGAGACAAGCAAGAGAACAAAUGCAACAAAAACAGCAUGCUGCUGCAGUCAUGGCAUCUCUCGGUCAGCAGCAACAAUCCCAGCCGGCUGCGAAAACAGCACAGCAAAUGUUGGCGCAACGCCAAAGAGGCGUUAGUGGUGAAGAACGAUCGACCAGCCCCAAGCCAAGCGAACAACCACCCAUGGGCUCCGCCAUGAUGGCGCUGGCUGCAGUAAGAGAAAGCACGGAUCGAGCAGCUGCAGCGGCUGCUUUGUUGGGGCAGUACUCUCGCGAGGAAACCCGUAAACAGCAGCAGCAACAGCAACAACAACAUAAUCAGCAGGUAUUGGCCGCCAUGUCUGGCAUGUCUGGAAUGUUGAAGCAGCAGCAACAACGACCGCUUCAGCCAGGGCAGCUUUCCCCAAAGCAGAAAAGCGUCCCAGUUCCAGAUCCAAGAUUAUCUCCAAUGUCAGCAGCGGCAGCCAUUACGAAGAAAGAGCUGGAACAGCACGCGAAACUCCCACCCCCGGCUCUAAAUGAAACAGCUUCUCAGGGUAGCUACGAGGACGAUGAGGGUCCAAGACUUUUUGUCAGGAAGCAACCAAUCACGAGCGCGGAUCCGAGUCCCCUCACUUCUGGCAUGGAACAGUUGGAAACCCUUCCCAUGAAGCCCUACACAGCGCCAGACAACGACAAGAAAUAUCCUGUCAAGGAAUCGGAAAUUACAGACUGUGAUGUUCUCCUUGGCAGAGGCGGUAUGACGAAUCAUCACGUUGGCAACAUGCACUUUCGUACUUUAGUAUCUGAGUUUCGACUGCACUACUGCACGGCUAAGAAGGGGGACAAGGGACGUUUGUCCAAGAGAUUGACCAACUUUGUAAGGCACAAGAAGGGAAGAUUUCUGCAGAAAGACGACGCCGACAAUAUGUGGUACGAAUGUGGGGACCAGCGAGCACAUGGCAAGUGCGCUCAGGCUUUGCGCGAGGGAACCGCUGAACUGAUGCGACAUGUGACCGAGAGCGAAGGCGGCCCGGUUCCACCGGAGGAUCUCCCCAAUGCAAUCAACCGGGUAAUUGGACGAGCUCCUGUAGCCAUGUCAGCGGCCUCUAGCGACAGCGAUGGUCCUCCAAUGCCCGCCUUACAUGGGUAUCAGCACGUUCCACGAGGGGGGAUUAUGGGAGGUGCCACGAGGAUGCAUCCGGGGCAUCCUGUUGGUGCUCCACAAGUGUCUCCUCGUUCUGUGUUUACCAAUGGCGAUGGCGGCAAGCCUCAGCGUGCCCCGGAGAGAUCUUCUUCACCCAAACCUAAACGGCCCCGUUCUCCAAAGCGGUCCGGACAGGCUGCGGCCAACGCACAACCAGCUAGGAAGAAGUCGCCGGUGAUGCAUAGCCAGGGCAUCAAACCAACAAUUGUUGAUCAGGAAUAUGUGGAAGAGUCUGGCUCUAGGUCAGCGACGGAUGCUAACAGACGUCGUUCUGAGGUGAGCGAGGGCCAAUCCGAUGAUGGUUCUGACGAAGAGCUACUUGGCAGCCGGAAGAGAGCAAAGAUUGAAGAAGAUGAAGAGGAAGAACAAGACUAUGAGUAUAUGUAGGCGGGCUGAUUUUGGGUAAAUAUAGUUUUCCAGCUCAAAAACAUGCUAUCAUAGCACCUACCGGUACGAUGCCAUAUCUUCCUCCCGGCAGGCUAAUUCAAAAAGUGUACGGAUUGUCUCCAUUUGCAAAGACCCACAUGACUUCUCUAGCUAAUUUCCAGAAGUAUAUGAAUUCAUCUCCUAGGCAAUUUUUUCUGUCAGGCCACCGCCAAUGCCCACAUUUGCCAGCAAAGAAUCCGGAUGAGCAUCCCUUUGGCAGCUAUUUCUGUGCAUCAGCGGAUAGACUAUUUUAGUAGAGCCGAGUCGAGUCCACAUGGGUUCUCCCGUCCACACUAGCGAAGGAUGAUACAACAACCGGGUUCCCUCGGGAGUUGACCUGCGCCAGGCCGCACUUCCCAUAAAUCUUGGAGUCUGAGCACAUAAGUCGCGGGGAGCCCUUGCAACAUUGACCACGGGAGUCGACUUUUGAGGAAGA